AUGAAGUCAUACUCAAACAUACGUUCACACUUUGAUGAGGAACAAUGGGUCAUUCAAAUUCGUCAAGCCCUAGACGAACACCUUGAAGAAAAUACCCACGAAAUCCCAGUAAGCAUCUUCCACAUCCCAAGAACCCUAAAGGCUAGUAACCCAAAUUGUUACAUUCCACAAGAAGUUGCAUUAGGCCCUUACCAUUAUUGGCGUCCCGAGCUCUAUGAAAUGCAUAGAUAUAAGCUCGCAGCUGCACAAAGAACCCAGAAACAACUCAAAAACCUCAGGUUUCAUCAACUUGUUGAAAAGCUCGUAAAGUAUGGGCCUAAGACUCGUGCUUAUUACCACACAUACCUUGAUUUCAAUGGCGAAACGUUGGCUUGGAUGAUGGCCGUUGAUGCUUCAUUCUUGCUUGAAUUUCUUCAAAUCUUUGCAAUCAAAGAAGGUAACAAAAAGGGGCAAAAUUUGCACACAACGCCAUUCUCCGAGAUAUGGUGA